AUGGGGAGCUGGCUGUUCACGGUUCUUCUGACGGGAGUGGUUCUGCUCGGUACUGCGGAGUAUUUUAACCUGAUUGACGCCCGGGCCAAGCUGAACAACGUGGCCGUUCCUUCGCGGCUGUCGGUUUACAUUGGCUGCAUCGGCUGCGCCAUCAUGCCGCUCAUUGCCAUGGUGAAUGGUGGGCUUUUGACUCCGGGAGCGAAAUUCGCGGGCGGGCUGCUGCUGGCCAUGCUGCUGACUCAGCCCAAGCGGCCUCGCUGGAGCCAGUUCACAGGCUACAUCUGCGGCCUUUUCUACUGCGGCUUCCUUCCUAGCUUCUGGGUCACGCUGCGGUGUGGGCUGGCGACUACAGCCACCACGUCGUCGCCAGUGGCGCGGGUGUGGCCUGCGCUGCUGGGAGGGCCGGCGCUGUGGACGACAGGGUUGGUUGCCAUCUUCAUGGGCUUUGCGGGGGUCAUUGCUGCCGACACGGGGGCGUAUCUGGGCGGCAAGACCUUUGGCAAGACGCCUCUCAUCGAGCUGAGCCCCAAGAAGACGGUUGAAGGGGCGUUGUUCGGGCUGGCCUCUUCAGUCUCUGUGUCCGUCCUCCUCUCCCGUGCCUUCAGCUGGCCUUCCACACCUAUCAGUGCGGCGGUGCUCGGUGUAAUUGUCUUCGCUGCGUCUCUCUUUGGUGAUCUGUUUGAGUCGGCUCUCAAGCGCCAGGCCGGAGCCAAUCAGGGAAGUCCACGUCACGAGAUUGAGAUCUCCGAUUCGGAAUGCGCGUCGCAGUCGCUGCUUUCGCGCCAAGAGGAGGAGUCGCUCGAGACGGAGCCGCUGACAGGCCCGCGAAUUCCCGGCGACGCCAGCGACCGCCCAUGCGACAGCAGAGAUCGCACGUGCGACACCAGGGAUCGUCCACCUCUCUCGCAAGCACGGCGAGAAGUCAGGCGACACGACUACGUUCCGGCUCACGGCAACAGAGAUAGCGGAACCGCGAGGCUCGGCGAGAGGCCCGGCGAGAGGUCCGGCGAGAGGUCCGGAGGGAGGUUCGGCGAGAGGUCCGGCGAGGAGGGCGGGUUGCUGGAGACGCUGGGGCAGGAGAUAGUGGCGAUCGUGACGCCCGUGUCCAUCUGCAUGCUGCUCGUCGUCGCGCUCGUGCUCGCGCUCACUCCGCACGGCGCCUCCGUCACAACGCCUACCAUUGCGACGCUGGUGUACCAAGAAGAGAGUCCAAAGUCACCUCGUUACAAUGCCACGCGCCGUGUGCUGCUGCGCGUGCUGGCCCUGGCCCAUGGGGAUGGUGCUGCUGGUAGGGCCGGUCAGUCAGGUGAGAACCAAUCACCCCAAUCCGCUCCUCUCUCCGUCACAUCACCCACCUCCUCCUCCCCCACCACCACGGAUGCGCCCUGGCAGCGGCUGUGGGGUGCUCUGCUGAAUGCAGCAGCGAUGGUGACAGCAGCCACGUUCUUGCUGGCUGGGGGGAGAGGAGAGCCUGGGGGGCCGUUCUACUGCGAACCAACCCGCCCAGGCUCUCCUAUCACCACCCUGCUCUCCUAUCACCACCCUGUGGGGAGCCCUGCCGAAUGCGUGGGGCUGCUGGGGCUGGUGGGUCCAAUGAUGACAACCAAUCGCCCGCGCUUCUCUUCUCCCUCAUUCUCCCCCUCCCCCCCUACCAGCACGGAUGCGCCCUGGCAGCUGCUGUGGGGCGCGCUGCUGAACGCAGCAGCGACGGUGGUGCUGGUGACAGCAGCCACGUUCGUGCUCGUGGGGCUGUUCUGUUCUACUACUGUGGGCCAGCUCCCCCCGGCACCCCCCUGCUCUCCUCUUGCACUCCCCCCCCCCCUCCCCCCACGACGUCACCCCAUGCUCUCUCUCUCGUUCUCCCCUCCUCUCCGUCCGCCCACCCCCCAACCCCACACCAGCACGGAUGCGCCCUGGCAGCGGCUGUGGGGGGCCUUGCUGAAUGCGGCGGCGAUGGUGGCGCUGGUGACAGUAGCCACGUUCGUGCUCGUGGGGCUGUUCUACUGCGGCUGUCAGAAGCUGCAUGUGGGGCUGCAUGGAUGGGUUUGUGCUGGUGGGUAUGGGCUGGUGGGGCUGUUCUACUGCGGGUGUGCACGCUGCAUCUGGGGCUACAUGGGCUUCUCGGGAUUCGUCAUCUUUGCCGGGCUGGGCGGCACACUGGCAGUGCAGCUCAUUCAGGAUUGUGCUGGUGGGGUGGGGCUACAUGGGGCGGUGCUGGUGGGGCUGUUCUACUGUGGGUGUGCGCGCUGCAUCUGGGGCUACAUGGGCUUCUCUGGCUUUGUCAUAUUUGCUGGACUGGGCGGCACACUGGCAGUGCAACUCAUUCAGCGCUUCUCCAUCCCAAUAGACAUAAUCACCUUCUCUCUCCUCCUCUACAACCUGUCAGUGGUGGGCGUGCUGGCAGUCUUCUUCUGCCGAAUGCCCAUCUUCCUCACCCACUCCUACCUCGUUGCCGUCGGCGCCAUCGUCGCCUUCUGGUUCUCCAGCCUACCAGAAUGGACCACGUGGAUGGUGCUCAUCGCCAUGUCACUCUACGACCUCUAUGCCGUCCUCACGCCAGGCAAGCCGAUCGUCGCCUUUUGGUUCUCCAGCGUGCCCGAGUGGACCACGUGGAUGGUGCUCAUCGCCAUGUCUCACUACGAUCUCUACGCCGUUCGCACGCCAGGUUUGCACUCGUUUACUUACAUUGUUCUAUCCAUUCCCGAACCUCGGUCCCUCCCCUUCCCUCUCCCCUUCCCUCUCCCCUUCCCUCUCCCCUUCCCUCUCCCCUUCCUCUCCCCUUCCCUCUCCCCUUCCCUCUCCCCUUCCCUCUCCCCUUCCCUCUCCCCUUCCCCCUCCCCUUCCCUCUCCCCUUCCCUCUCCCCUUCCCUCUCCCCUUCCCUCUCCCCUUCCCUCUCCCCUUCCCUCUCACCUUCCCUCUCCCCUUCCCUCUCCCCUUCCCUCUCCCCUUCCCUCUCCCCUUCCCUCUCCCCUUCCCUCUCCCCUUCCCUCUCCCCUUCCCUCUCCCCUUCCCUCUCCCCUUCCCUCUCCCCUUCCCUCUCCCCUUCCCUCUCCCCUUCCCUCUCCCCUUCCCCCUCCCCUUCCCUCUCCCCUUCCCUCUCCCCUUCCCUCUCCCCUUCCCUCUCCCCUUCCCUCUCCCCUUCCCUCUCACCUUCCCUCUCCCCUUCCCUCUCCCCUUCCCUCUCCCCUUCCCUCUCCCCUUCCCUCUCCCCUUCCCUCUCCCCUUCCCUCUCCCCUUCCCUCUCCCCUUCCCUCUCCCCUUCCCUCUCCCCUUCCCUCUCCCCUUCCCUCUCCCCUUCCCUCUCCCCUUCCCUCUCCCCUUCCCUCUCCCCUUCCCUCUCCCCUUCCCUCUCCCCUUCCCUCUCCCCUUCCCUCUCCCCUUCCCUCUCCCCUUCCCUCUCCCCUUCCCUCUCCCCUCCCCUCUCCCCUUCCCUCUCCCCUUCCCUCUCCCCUUCCCUCUCCCCUUCCCUCUCCCCUUCCUUUCAUACUUUAGUUGGCCCGCUCAAGCUGCUUCUAGACAAAGCCAUGGAGCGGGACGAGGACAUCCCAGCACUCAUCUGCGUGGGUCCGCUGAAGCUCCUACUAGACAUAGCCAUGGAGCGAGACGAGGAUAUCCCAGCAAUCAUGCACUCACUCCCCAUCUUGUGCUUCUUUCUUUUCCCCGCUAUCUCUCUUUGCUCCUCAGUGGGUCCGCUGAAGCUCCUACUAGACAUAGCCAUGGAGCGAGACGAGGACAUACCAGCACUCAUCUACGAAGCCAGGCCUCCACCCAUGCCCUUCGCCCCUCCUCCUCUCCGUCCUCCUCCUCGCCUUCUUACUCCCACUCGCCCUCUACCCUCCGGUCACUCGCUCCACUCAGGUCCCUCACUCCACUCCGGUCCCUCUCUCCCUCUCCCGCCACACUCUCAUCCCUCCAUGCCAACUCGCCCCGGCCAUCCCCCACUCUCCUCCCUCUCCACCACCUCCUCCUCGUCCUCCUUCCCGCCCUCGCUGUCGCCUUCCACCGCAUCCAACCCCUCUCCAUCCGGCACCACAUUUCGGGCUACAAACAGCACAGCUGGUAGCACUCUCGUCCCUAACACCGCCCUGGGACAUGUGGCGGAUGGAGGAGGGGGAAGUGGGGGGGAUGGGAUGACGGGUGGUGCGGUGGGGAGCGGUGCUGGUGGGUCAAGGAGAACGCGCGUGCGAGGCCAAUUCGAGCGGCGGUUGCAGCAGCAGAGCAGCGUUGCUGGUGGUGCGAUUGGUGCUGCUACUGGUGCUGCUAGUGGUGGUGCUAGUGGUGCUGCUAGUGGUGGUGGUGAAAGGACCUUUGCUGGACAACUGAGUGCCUUUGUUGCUUCUGCUGCAGCCGCUGCUGCCACUUCUGCUCUGCGCCUCACAGGAGCUCAACGGCAGGAUGAGAGGCCGGGAGGUAGCGGGAGCCGCUCGGGCAGCAGCAGAGGGCGGCGGGGAGGCGAGAGCGGGCGAGCUGGUAGCUCUAGGAUUGGGAGAGUGGGUCGAACGCUCUCCAUGCCGUCUCCCAAGCAGGGCGGGUUGGUGGAAGGGGGAGGGAGAGGGAGAGGAGGGGGCGUGGGGGGAGUGGGGGGGAGUGGGGAGGAGGAAGCAGUGGCGCCUGUGGUUCGAGUGAGUUUGGCUCAUGGGGAGCGUGUGGAGGAGCAGAAGCAGAAGCAGCAGGAGCAGCAGGAGCAGCAGCAGCAGGCGGAGGAGGAGGAGGGGGGAGGAGGAGGAGGAGCAGUAGGAGCAACGGGAGCAACAGCAGCAGCUGCAGGUUCGUUGGUGGGUGGAGAGGAGACAUCAGUGAGAGGGGAGGAGGAGGUGGAGCGAGAAAUAGCACGGCUCAGAGAGGUUGCCAGCCAGCACCUACGCGAGAGAGAGAGGGAGAGAGAGCGGGAGCGGUGGCGAGGCGGGACAAUCUCCCGGGCGGUAUCGCUUGGACCGGAGUGGAGCAUGGGGGCAGUGAGUGGCGGCAUUCGGAUGAGAGCGGGUCUUGAGGGGCAGAUUGCGGGGAUUGAAGGGCAGAGUGUUGGAAUGGACGGUUUGCCUGGUGUGGACGGGCAGAUGAGAGGGUUUGAGGUGAGUGGGGGUGCAGUGGGGUGCGGAGCGGUGCCAGGCAGAGCAGAUGGGUUUCCACACUCCGUUGCUGAGGGUAGCAGUCGCCCGCAUAGCUUGCUUGGUUCUGGUGGGUGGGGGGGCAGUGUGGAUCGUGGGGUCAGCGGAGGGUGGUCGGCUGACUUUGCACGCAUACGGUCGAAGAUGGGAGCUUUUGACGAGCACCGAAAUAUUGCAUUAGCGGGCACGAAACGGGGUUACUCAGUAGCGAUGUCCAUCGUCAUCGCCGUCAUCGCGGUCGUGGGAGUGUUCGCGCAGCUCAACGUUGCAGGAGCAGCAGUAACGCCUCAAGUCCGGAACGCGAAAUGCGACUUCACGACCGGGGAGUGGCGGAAGGGGACCAGAGGAUUUCCGCGGUAUACGUCACUUCCGGGGAAGCCCAACUCGUGCCCUUACGUGCGGUCGGAUUUCGCGUGCGAGCGCAACGGGCGCGCGGACAUGCGGUUCCAGUGGUACCGCUGGCAGCCCAAGCAGUGCAUGUACUCAUACUUCAGCCCCUCGGGCUUUAAGUACAUGCUCAAGCAGAAGACAGUGCUGCUGGUGGGCGACUCGACGAUGUCCAACUUCUACGAGGCGCUGCGCUCCUCCCACACCCCCACUAACCCCCCAUUCCCCCCGAUGUCCCCCUUUUUCCCCUGCUCUCCCCCCGUCUCCGUCGCGCUCGGCGCAGAAAGUGCUGCUGGUGGGCGACUCGAUGAUGUCCAAUUUCUACGAGGCGCUGCUCUGCGCCAUCCACAUCGGCGGCUUCAAGGGCCAGCCCUACCAGCGCAACACGGGGGGCGUGUUCAACGUUAA